GGGCGCCGCGCCCAUCCCGAUGGCCGGAGGCGUCUGAGGGGCGGACGGCGGCGGGCGCGGGCGGGAGCCGGGCGGAGCGGCCGGAGCGAGCAGGCGCCGCGGAGCAGAGCGCCCGCAGCGCAGCCUGGAGCGGCGCGGAGACUGACUUACAUGUGUUGGAGACCAGACCCGAAGUGCUUCUGAAUUGAGGUCCCGGAUUCUUUGAGGUUGCAGCAAGCAGCUCCGAGGCCGGAAGAUGAGCGAACUCGACCAGUUGCGGCAGGAGGCCGAGCAGCUGAAGAACCAAAUCCGGGAUGCCAGAAAGGCCUGUGCAGACGCGACCCUCUCUCAGAUCACAAACAACAUCGACCCGGUGGGACGGAUCCAGAUGCGUACCAGGAGGACGCUGAGGGGUCACCUGGCCAAGAUUUAUGCCAUGCACUGGGGCACGGACUCGAGGCUGCUCGUCAGCGCCUCCCAGGAUGGCAAGCUUAUAAUCUGGGACAGCUACACCACAAACAAGGUGCACGCCAUCCCUCUGCGCUCUUCCUGGGUCAUGACCUGUGCGUACGCCCCGUCUGGCAACUACGUGGCCUGUGGCGGUCUGGACAACAUCUGCUCCAUUUACAAUUUGAAAACUCGCGAAGGGAACGUCCGCGUGAGUCGCGAGCUGGCUGGGCAUACAGGUUAUCUGUCCUGCUGCCGAUUCCUGGACGACAAUCAGAUCGUCACCAGCUCUGGAGACACCACAUGUGCCCUGUGGGACAUUGAGACCGGCCAGCAGACCACCACGUUCACAGGCCACACCGGGGAUGUCAUGAGCCUGUCCCUCGCUCCUGACACCAGACUCUUUGUCUCUGGUGCUUGUGACGCUUCCGCCAAGCUCUGGGAUGUGCGAGAAGGGAUGUGCCGGCAGACAUUCACCGGGCACGAGUCGGACAUCAAUGCCAUCUGUUUCUUUCCAAAUGGCAAUGCGUUUGCCACCGGUUCCGACGAUGCCACCUGCAGGCUCUUUGACCUCCGCGCCGACCAGGAGCUCAUGACCUACUCCCACGACAACAUCAUCUGUGGCAUCACCUCCGUCUCCUUCUCCAAGAGCGGCCGCCUCCUCCUGGCGGGGUACGAUGACUUCAACUGCAAUGUGUGGGAUGCGCUGAAGGCCGACAGGGCAGGUGUCCUGGCUGGUCACGACAACCGCGUCAGCUGCCUGGGAGUGACCGAUGAUGGCAUGGCUGUGGCCACGGGGUCCUGGGACAGCUUCCUCAAGAUCUGGAACUAAGGCCAGCUGGCGGCCACCGCAGUGACUGGAAGAGCAUUCCGACCUUGAAGCGCCACAGUGACCGCGUCUCCCGUCCGACCACACUAGCGUGGACACCCGCACCCUCAGCACAUCAGAAGGGCAAGACCUUCCUGCACCCGUCGCUGAACCAAGAGCACAACCCCCGAGCAGGGCCGCGUGCGGCGACCAGAGCGAGCUGUGCUUUCCUCCCGGGGCCAUCGUCUUUGUCUCCUUCUUGUCUUGAAUGAAUCCUAAGAGGAAAUAUUAUAAUAAAAUGUUACCUAGAAGGCAAAGGAGUGUCGUUUGAGGCAGACACCCUCCCAUUGGUUCCUUUCAGUUUUAGACCCGUGACCCUGUUCUGUGAUG